CAUUAGUCACACAAAAGCAACAAAUAGUUGUGACGUAAUUAAUGUAAACAUGUGUUGAAUUAGUGUUUAAAAAGUCGUGUUUCACAUGUGUUUCACUGCAAACGUGUUUCCCGUUUUUUUGCCGAUAGUAUUGUCCGCAAUCCGUUUGUGACCACAUUUCAUAACAUCAGUUGUCGUCAUCCACGACCACAAUGACAUCACUGCAGAAACAGUUGGCGCGACUCCGAGUGCCGCAGACUUCGCUGCAUAAGGAAAGACACGGAAAGGCAUCGUUUUUGUACGACUUUCUUGAGGCCAAAUCGGUGGACAAUGACAUGCAUUACGCGAUCGGAGUGUCCGGUUUGGAUUCGCUGAUCCAAUUGGACACAAGAUUUGGACGAUUUCGAGACACUUUAUUCAAUGAAUCGAGUAAGACAUUGGACCGAAGUUUGCAGAGCCGUGAGGCCAACCGAGACUUGGACACCGAGAUUGAGAUAUUUCUUAGCAAUGUUGUCACCAAUUAUUUUCUUCUGAAUGCAACGCAUAAGACAAUUGAAUGGUUGAUAUAUAAAUACGGUAUCAAUGAGUUCAAUGCGGACGCACUUAUCGCCAGUGUAUUGCCUUAUCACGAGACCAGACUCUUCACUAGACUGAUCCAGACCUGUACUGACCCAAAGAUAGAGAGAAGUAAGUGGUUUUGGUUGAAGGGUAUGCAAGAGGCGGGAACUCCUAUUUCUAAGACAACACUAAUAAAGCAAUGCAUAGCUGAUCCAUCUUUUUUGCGCUUUAUUUGCGAGAAUUGCUUUAAAUGUCUUAAAAUUGAUAACAAAAACAAUAGUUAUGUGACAUUUUUCAUGUCGACUGUGAUUAAUGUGAUCCAAAAGAAUACCAGCGAAGCCAUCAUUUUGGUUAUCAUUGGUUAUGUCAUUAAAGGCUUAAAAUCUAAGAACCAAUUGUUAAGAAAAGCUAGUCUUUGCAUAAGUGCUCACAUUUGCGUCAAAACACAAUUAGAGACCAAUGUUAGCCAUAAACUUCUUAAAGCUAUUGCGAAAAGAUGUGACUCUUCAUUAAGCGAUGAUCUAAUCGUUUCAUUAUCUGUAAUGAAUCGGUUCCAACAUUUUGUUGAUUUGCCGUUAAAUAUUGUAAUCAAUAUAACAGAAAAUUCAAUCAUAAAGUGCAGUGAAUUGCAUGACAUUCAAGACUUUUUAGCAAUAUUUAUGAAAAGUCUUAUAAAUAAUUGUUAUGAACUCAAUAUCAAUGACAAGUUGUUGGAUCUCUUGGAUAAAUUGUCUUUAAAUUCUCAAACAAUUGACAUCUGUAUCCAAACAAUUGCCAAAUUUAUGGAUAUUGUAGACAACCGAAAACCAAUUGAUUCGUUUGUUAAAGUAUUGUCUUUACUUGAACUCCGAUAUCCCACAUAUUUUGACGAAGGCAUCGCUAAAUUAUCAUCUAUUGGAUCAAUUGCACCACUUUUAGGUGCAUUCAAGUAUUCAUGUUUGCAAAGUUCAAAGAUGCCACUUAUCUUUGGAUUAACUCAUGGCAGUGAAGCAAAUCAAAUUGAAGCCAUCGAUUAUUUGAUCCAAAAUUUUGAUGCUUUUAUUGACCAAAAAGAUGACUUUACUGUAACUACAAUUAGGAGUUUAUUAACACAAACUUUUACCGAAAAGUCACCACAAGUUGUGUCAAUGCUUUUCGGUCUAAAAGAAAAAAUGUAUCAAUUGUUUAGUGAAGAAGAAGUUACUAAUAUUUGUCUGAAUUUAUUAAAAGUAUGUCAAUUAAAACACGAAGAUAUCGAUGAAAAACAAGGCAUUGUUUGGCGCGAUCUUCAGAACACUAUUUUGGCCACAUUUUGCUCAGUAGAGAACAAAGACAAUGAACAAAGUCUCUCAUUUUUAUAUCCAUUUUUACUGCCAUUAAAUCCAAAUGAUUUCAAGACAUUAUCAUUAAUAUUGGAUUCAAAAAGAGCCAAAAAUAUGGAUCUAUUAAAUUCAUUAUCAAAAGAGCAGCGAAAGAUUAUUGAAAGGAAAGUCAAUGAUAAUGAUGUCGACUCUAUUGUAGCCAUAGUUUGCACACAUUUUGCUGAAUAUUAUAUACAAAAUUCAGACUUAAUAACAAAAAAUAGAUUUGUAUUUUCCCUAAACUUUAGCCGACAAAUGACUAACUCUUUAAGUCUAAUAAUAUUAGAGAGAAUUAUAAGUCUGUCAUCUGAUGAAGAUAUUAGAGAUAAAAGUUGCGAUAUUUUGGUUGAUUUGAUCGACAAAAUGUUAUGUUCAUUGGAUUUAGCAAAACCUAAGCAUACAUUUAAUUCAUUUGAAGAGUUUUUGAAUAAUAAUUUAAAAAAUUUAAGAAAAAGUCGAUUAAGUCUAUCAAACAUAUUAUAUUGCAUCACUUCAGUUGUUAAUUCUAUGGUUUCAUUGUCUUUAAAAACAGACAAUUGGUUUUGGUUUAAUCGGUAUAAAACUAAUCACUAUUUAUAUCGAUUGUUAAUAUUGUUGUUUAAUAAUUCAUUUCAUAACAACAAAAGCAAAGCUAAGGGAUUCAGACAAACAUGUCUUCAAAUGAUUCACAAGACAUUCACAGUCUAUGGUUAUGACUUUAUGUCUCCUCUUUGGGCUGAUUGUGGAAAUGCAUUAAUGCAAUGCCGAUCACUAACGGCUUCAUCACAUUUUUGUGGCAAACAAACGACAUUUAACGACAAGACUGUUCUGUCACUUCUUAUAGCAAUGCAUUCAUCACAAACUAAGAACAGAGAGGCAGCUGUUGUUGUGGCUAAACAUGUCUAUGAAUUGACAAACAAUCAACUUCUGGCAAAUUGUCUUAAUAAUAGUGAGUUUAUUAUAAGCCAUGAAAACAAUAUCUCAGUAGUUAUAUCCAAAUGGUUGUCAUCUAAUCCAAAGAAUAAAACUGAAAAGAAAGCAAUCGAUUCAAUGAGAAGCGAUGUAAUUGCUAUUAUCAGUGACAACAAUACUGACGAACGGUUUAAAUCGUCUCUUAUAUUAUUAUUAAACAGAUGUAACUCUGAUUUGCUUAAAGAAAUCCUAUCACAACUGAAGUCAUUUUUGAUCUUAAAAUGUGUCGAUAGUUUGCAAUUUAAAACAAUUCAAAGUUUACUUUCAAUUUAUGAAAAUCCAAAUGUUUUCCAAUCAUGUGAUGUAAUCUUAUUUGAAUUUUUUAUUCAAUUACUUCAAACAAAAUACACUCAAGAAAUGGCACUGAAGUUGAUUACCAACGAAAUGUUUGAUUCAAUUAAUAUCUAUGAUUACAAAAUACGAUUAUUAAAUGAAUUAUUGAAAAUAAUUAUUGAAACCAAUAGCAAAAUUGCUAAGAAAAUGUUGAAGAAACAGCUUAAUAAUGGAAAUGUUAUAUCAGAUGUCUUAAAAUCAUUGGUUCCUAUUUCUCAAUCCAUGGAUUCAAGUGAACCAAAAGUUAAGAAAAUGUUUACAAACGAUUCCGUCUAUUCUCUUGAAUUGUCUCAUUGGAAAAAGUUUAUUGUUUUGCUUGAAAUUGUUCAGUCAAAGAGCAAACUAAACGAUGUCUCAGAUUUGGUAAAAAAUCUGUUUGAAUACCUAAAGAAUACAUUUAUUAUGGAUUCCAAGAGUUCUUUAGAAUAUUUGAGACAAUUAUUAUUGAAUUCACUAAUCAAUUGUGUUAAACAUAAUACCGAUAAGUUGUCUUCAUUGCCAAUUGAAUCAGUUAUUGAAUGUUUGCGUGAAUCGCAACAGAAAGAAACACAAAAGAUAGCAUUGGUUUUAAUUAGUAGUGUUGCGGAUCAGUUCAAGAAAGAAAUUCUCGAUUACGUGAUCACAAUAUUUACAUUUAUUGGCAAUAAUUUGCUUCAUUGUGACGAUCAGUACUCAAUUCAAGUGGUUUUCGAUACGAUGGACGCUAUAAUACCUAUUAUUUUAGAUGAUGUCAAUAACACUAAAGAAAGUGUUAUUAAUGUAUUCAUUGACGCCUUACAAGACAUUCCGGCUCACAGAAGACUUCAUUUGUUUAAGAAGUUGCUUAAUAUAUUGGGAGAGAGGGAUCACUUAACACUUGUUAUUAUGAAAAUUGUUGAAAAGAUUUUCAAUAAAUCAAAGUCUGAAAAGGAGCCGUUCCUCAGUCUUUUGGUUGUUCUUAGCGCUCACAUUGAUGUCAAUAUCCAAAUUGAAUCACUAAAUAAAAUACUGGAUAUUUUUACUGAAGAAUUUACUGAAAAUCGUAGAGUUUUAUCGAUUACAGACCAAUCAUUUUCAGAUAACGACCGCAGACUUAUAGCACAAAGUUUGGCACAAAUUGUUUUAAGAAUUGUGUCAUCAAAUGAAUUCAUUCAUUUGACUCAUAAUAGUGAUUGGACUCAAAUUAGUGAUAAUUUUUCAACAUUUUUGCACCGUUUGAUUGCAUUGAUUGCUAAGUACUCGACUGAAACCGAAAAUUUGAUAAAAGACACAAACGCUCACCGAAAACGUAUCCGAAGUAUUUUAUAUCAGAUAUUACUUCAGUUUAAUUCACUUUUGCCUAAUGAAGAACUCAUUGAAUUUGUAUUGAAAAUGUUAACAAACGAUUCGUUUCUAAUUCAACGCAAAGUCUUGGAGUUAUUAAAUGAAAAGUUAACACAAAUGGAGAAUCAAUUUCUUAAGAAAAGACAAUUAAAACAUCUAAUGAAAUCGUUAUCAUUAUUGGUACCAACCAGUGAACAAGUAAAUCAAAUGGAUGAACAACAUGUCUAUAACAGUCAAUUAUCAUUGAUUACAUGUAAACUAUUAUCCAAACACGUCAGAUAUGAUGAAGAUAUACAAUCUUUAGUUUAUGAAUUGAUUGAAAAGAUAAUAACAUUAAUCAAUGGAAUGAAAGUUCAAAUAUCUGUUAAUUUUAAGGCGUCUUGUAUUUUAUGUUUAUCACAAUUGAUGAUAUCUUUGGGUAAUAAAGCAAUUCCAGCGCUUCCAACAUUUAUGCCAAUAGUUUUGGCCAAUUUUGAUAUCAGCGAUGAUGUUGUAAUUAUAUCUAACAUUACAUCGGUAUCUAAGAUUACCCAACAUUUCCCAAAUUUUUUGAGUCCAUAUUUGGAUCAAAUUAUAGUUAAAUUACUCACUGUUAUGCAAAAUUGUCCUCAAAUUAAGCCAAAAGUAAAGUCAAUUCGGGAAACUUUUGCUAAAAAUAUUCCCAAAAGAGUAUUAUACUCAGCAAUCGAUUCGUGUUAUGAAAAAGUACUGCAAUUAUCACUCCUAUCAGUUUGUGAAUUGAUGUCUCUUUUGAAACAAGCAUUUGAAAGCAUCACCGAUAGGGCGGAUAUCAAUAAUCACAUAAACAUUUUGAGAACCAUAUUAAUGAAGACAAUGGAUUUGAGAAAUCAAAAUCACCAAACAGUUCCAUUGAAAGACAUUCAAGAAGUGGAAGACUCGUGUUAUUCCGCCUUUUCUGUAUUUGUACCGAAAAUGACUGAAAUAGUUUUUAGACCAUUUUUUAUCAAGCUAUGUGAUUGGUCUUUACGAAUGCAUAGGGGAAAGUUGUAUUACAGAAUGAUAUCAUUUUAUCGAUUUUUGCAUAUAAUGGCUGACAAACUUCGUGGUCUGUUCUGUGUAUUUGUCGCGCCAUCGAUUGUCACCAAUUGUUCGCAAAUGUUAUCACUGUUUCAUUCAAACAAUGAAUCAGAAAUUCAAAUGACGACCGAAUUGAGUCAUUUGUUUAUUACAUCGAUUUUAGGCACACUUUCCAAAUGUUUUCUUUAUGACACUAACGGCUCAUUUCUUAAUAAGGAAAGAUUAGAAGCAUUAGUCAAACCUAUUAUUCAUCAGUUAACUAACACUUUGGGAACCGAUGAAGAGUUCAAUGAAAGAAUUGAAUCGAUUGGUUUGUGUGUUCAAUAUAUGAUUGAAUCAAAUAAAGAAGAUCUUAUUAUUAAAGAUAUCAAUUAUCAAAUACUUCUUGUAACCAGAGAAGAGUCUGUUCAGGUACGGUUGGGUGCCGUCAAAGUAUUGCAUCGAUUGAUUCUGGGCUCUGGUGAAGACUAUUUGCCGAUAAUCGCGGAAACAAUUCCUUUUAUAUCUGAGUUAAGUGAAGACGACGACGAACGCAUCGAAGAUCUUAUUAAGAAAAUUAUUACUGAUUUGGAACAGAUUUUAGGCGAACCCAUCACUAAAUAUCUUUAAUUUUAUAAAUUGAAAAAUAAUUUUAAAAUUUUAUUGACAAUAAGAAAAUAGUAAUAAUAAAAU